GCGAAGCUGUCCCCGUCGCUGAAGCUCGUUUUCCACCCAACACACAUCCGUGGCCAUGUUCUGAUUCGGUGUGCACCGCUGUGUGCACGCGCCGUGUGAAGACAGGGAACGAGAGCGACUUGCUUAAGAUUUCGGUCGGUGGGGAGUCGUUGAACACUUGCCAGAGGAUAUAUAGUCUACACAUCAGCCGCUCUGCCUCGCUGGCUCGAAGCAAGAGCGAUUGCUGGCGAGGCCGGUAGGUGCUGUGGGGAAAGGAGGAGGGAGGAGGCAGGCGCUACGGGUACUAAGUUAUCUGAUUGAGCAAGACUCCAGACUUUACAUCUCUCUGGCACGGCGUCUACCUUAAGAGCAUAGGGCUGAAGCUCGCGGAACACGAGACUCAUGUUUCGAAGAGCCAUGUGCAUACGACAACCCACCUGGCAUGGGCGCGUCUCCAUCUUGCGGUGGCCAGCUACAUCUCCCGCCAAGCCGUCUAGCGCAGCAAGAAGAGCAGCGACCGUACCAGCAGAUGUGGCUGACGCCAGCGGCAGCAGUGACUGUUCUGGUGGACAACCACCGCCUGCCGCCGACCCCGCCGAGACGAUCCGGUUGAGCAAGGCGAGUUGUGCCGCUCCUGCUGCUGCCGCUCCUGCUGCUGCUGCUGCUGCUGCUGCUGCUACUGGUGGUGGUGGUGGUGUUGCAGCCACCGAAUCAACUCAGAGUAGUGCUGGUAGUGAUAGUUCUGCAUCGACAACACUCGUUUUUGGGGUGUCAGAGGCUGACGCGGGCGACGUGAGGUGCAAGCGGCGCUACUGGGCCGAAGAUAAUGCGGGGGAAGCGAGCUGCGUGGGGUUUGUCGCGGAACCCCGUCCGCCACUUCGCAUCGAGGCGAAGGCUGUCCGCAAAGCGGAGGCGAUGCUGGGCCUCGUGCUUCCUAGCGGGUUUCCGGGCUCCGUGCACCCUCCGUACAUGGCGUACGCAGGCUGGCAGUUUACGGGCAUGGCGGCUUCCGCUGCUGCGGGGGUGAUGUCAACGCAAGCCCUGCUCUACGCGAUGGGGGUUGGUGUCGGCGCCCUUCCGCUAGCCGCAACGCUGAACUGGGUGAUAAAGGAUGGCCUCGGACAGCUGGGCGGGGUGGCGUUCUCGAGUCUAGUCAGUACACGUUUCGACGCGAAUCCAAAGCUGUGGAGAAUCGUUGCUGCGGUUUCCCUCGACGCUUCCAUGGUGUUGGAACUCUUGUCCCCGCUCGCUCCGGCGUACUUCUUGCCAAUCGCAUCCGUCGCCAACAUCGGGAAGAACGUGUCGUUCUUAGCCGCGUCGGCGAGCCGCGCGGCCAUCCACAACGUUCUCUCCUUGAAGGGAAACCUGGCGGACGUUACUGCCAAGUCGGGCGCGCAGACCAUCCUCGCGUGCAUGGCGGGCACCGGGGCGGGCGUCGCGCUGUCGGCGUCUCUGGGCUCGGAGUUCCACGCCAUCGUCCCGGCGUGCCUGUGCCUGUCCGUCGUGCACCUAGGGGCCAACCACAUGUCCAUGCGGCGGCUCGGCAUACCGACCUUCGAUCAUCAGCGGCUAGAGCUGGUAGUCAACGCCAUGGCCGACGGCGACAGGAGCCGCGGCAUACCCAGUCCUCAAGACAUAGCGGCCCAAGAAGAUGUCGUGGCGUACGCCGUUCGCGAAAAGAUCGGCUUGAACCUCUCCCCUACGGUGGUGGUGGGAUCUCGAUUGGAGGAGGCCGUGAAGGGUUGGGGAGAGCUGGAGGAGCUCUGCCGGGUUUGCGAGGGUCUUCCUUUCCUGCUCUCGGUCAGGGGCGACCUUGCUCACGGGGCGGGAGAGGUCCACGUCUUGCUCUUGGAAGGCUACGGGACUCGGGAAGUGCUUGCUGGGAGCUACGUGGCGCUGGUCGCGAAACGUCUCCUACUUGAGCGGGGGCUGCGAAGGCCGCGCGGCCGUCGACGACCGGGGACGCUGGCACGAGGGGGCAAAGAAAAUUCAACACCCACAGGAGACAUCCUCCCUGAGGUGAUCGAGGAAGCGCUGCGGCAAGGGGCUGCCUUACUGGCUACCCCCGAUGCGCCGCCGUCCCCGAUCGUAUCUCCCUCUCCGACUGACACGCAAGGGGGACAAGAAAAGGUAGGGGAGGUCCCGAAGUUGCAAGAACAAGGCGAUGCCGCGAGGCACGGGCGCAUGAUCGCACACGAACUGAGCGCCAGGGCAGAGCGGUCAGGAUGGAACACGUCGGCGUUGUUCCUGGAAAAGGCGGGGGCGGUGAGGCUGCGACUUGUCCUCCGGCCCGAAAAUUGAGGCGACUCUUCUCCGGGUGGCCGGGUCGCGGCGGCGGCGGCGGCGGCGGCGGCCGGGGGGUGAUGCUGAUUCUUUAGAGCUUAGCUCUCGCUAAUGCUUGUACUGAUUUUUGAGGUUUUAGCCGUACCCUCGGAUACGUCGCUGGCCACGACGACUCUCUCUGAAGUAGAGCAGUUUUGCUUGUGUUUUUGUUGCGUUCGAGAUAUGUAGAUGGUUGUGGUGACCGCGGUUCGAAGUUUGUGCGUGAGGUAGCUUUGGGGGUUUGGUGUUGUUGUUUGAUCAUUGAGCCAACGUACAGUAAAAUCAGUGCGUCGUGUACGAUGCCGUGGACUUGCCGCCACGCCUUAAAAUAGCGAGCUGAGGGUGCACAUCCAUUGUAGAAGUGAUUGCAUUGAAGUACCGUGGUAUAAUAACUCUUGCUAUUAUGGUUAUUGACGGUGCAACAGCGACCUGG